CGUGCGCCUGAAUUUCGACGAUCGGUCGACCGCUCUGCUUCGCUCCUGUGGAGACAGUCAAGUCAGUCGUUUCGAGGCUGCCGAGUUGACCGGAUCGAGAGCCGUGGAAAGCCGCGUCGUUCCGGGCUGUGUGUCUCUUUCUCCCUCUGGAACCAUCACUUCUCUAUCACGCCUGCCCGUUCCUUCCUUUGUUAGCCACCCCAUCGAAAUUUCGAGGGCGAGAACCAUGGCGAGUACCACGAUCCUGACAAUUGUACUGCUGGCAGUGAUCCAGACUGCCAUGUGCAAAAACUGCUCGAAUUCAUGCUAUCCAAGUGAAUUCUUUCCGAAUAUCCAAGGCAAUCUCACGAAAAUCAUCUGGGCGCACGGUGUUAACAGCUUGAUGGAAUUGGACAAAGCACUCGCGUCAGUGGAUGUCAUGAUGCUGGAGGGCGACAUCGUGAUGGGGAGACAUACCGUCAGCAAUACCACCACCGAUAAUAUCCCGAUAAUGGCGCAUCCACCAGCUACGGAGAGUGAUCUAUCGCUCGAGGAGUUCCUCAAUAUCAUUCUCAAUAACGGUACCAAAGGCAUCAAGCUGGACUUCAAGUCUAAUGAAGCUUUCAAUAACAGCAAGCCUAUCCUUAGAAAGUUCCAACCAUCCGUGAUGUGUCCAAUUUUCCUCAAUGCGGACAUUCUUCGUGGACCAAUCAAUGCUACUGCCCCUGUGAUUAAUGCAACGUUCGUGAAUGAAGCUAGUAAAGUCAUGCCGGACUCUAUUCUCUCUAUUGGUUGGACAACCAGGUACGGAAAGGAACACAACAUCACCGAGGGUCGAUAUAACAUGAAGCAGCUCAAGAAAAUGAUCGAGAUUGUAACAGAGAAUCAUAUCAAACUGCCGAUAACUUAUCCAGUACGAGCUGGUCUCGCAACGAACGAUAUCGAUGGUAUGAAGGCGUUGUUGAAGAAUACAACCGACGCGACCCUAACAAUCUGGUCGUUAGAGGACGAUUAUGUCGAUGUCGCGAAGCUUUCGAAACUGAUCAAAGAAGUGGGAUUCGAUAAAGUCUACGUCGAUGUGCCGAAAGACUUGAGAAACCAACUCAAUCUCUCGAGCGCGUCCACGAUGACAUCCGCAGUGAUGAUAAAUUUGAUCGCGUCGUUGGCGUUUUUGGUCCUGCCGAGGAUGCUAUAAGAAGAUGUAGAUAGUAGAUAUUUGCGACGAGAUUCGAGAAAAGGAGGGCUUCGUACCCUUCAUUUCGGGGGUCUCUCGAUGGAGAAACGAAAGUACGAGCGAACGACGAAAUCCGAUUAUGAUCGCACGUCGUGAAUAUCAUUCAUAUAUCAUUCAUGAUCGCCAUCGCGACCGUUUAAUCGGAUCUUCCAAUUCGACUACAUUUCUUAUGACGUAUCUCUCACGACGUCGAAGUUGUUGUCGCAGCGAACAAUUUCCAUAGCGAGAUAUUUUCCAAGCGAGACUCCCUCUAUCCAAGAAAAAAAAACCGUAAAAUUGCCGAUACAAUUUGUACUUAAAUGAAUCAUUCAAAUGACACGCAAAAUAAUCCGAUUGUAUAAAACACACUUUCUUUUUUAAUAUAUCUGACACAAUAAUAAAAAAAGAUUCAUAAAAAAAGAAUACCUGCAUAUGCAUAAGUAAACACGUUUCAAUUAUAUCGAGAGUAACUUUAAUACCGUUAUAUCGAUAAACAGUAACGCUUUACCUAUUGUUAAUUAAUGUCUAAAAAGUUUCUUAAUAUUACAGUAUACGUAUGUUAAUAAAUCAAUCAUAAACGUAGCAACUACACAUCAUACAUUCGAAAUACUUAUUGCAUAAAAGACAACAGUUACAUAUGAAGGACGUGCGUCUAAUAAAUUGUCCUCAAAUUUUUUAUUGAAGUACAAACAGCGAUAUAAAAAGAGUGCGCUUUAUUUAAUGUAAUUUCAAAUACCAAACACAUUAUACGUGCGCGCGCGCGCUCGUGUAUUAAUAUUCCUUCAUAAUGUUCACCACCCUGUACCUGCGUUAACAUAUCUCCGAUUUAGAUGCAGCAAAAAUUAUAUUAGUCUCUAUAUAAGCUACAUAUUAAAUCCAAAAGAUUUAAAAAAUUGAAAUAUGCGGUGCGAGAACGUACUGCGUUUGAUAAUGAGUCAAUAAAACAUGUAAAAUUAUCUAGGAAA